AUGGCCACAUCGAACGGCGACAGCAACCAGAACGGCAGCGACCACCUCGAGAUUCCAGAAACAUCUUCAAAACUAUCACUAGCAACACUCGGCGUCCACGCAGAUGACCCCAUCAACUCCUACACCGAUGUCGCGCCUGCCCUUCACGUCUCCAGCACCUUCCGCUACCCUCGAAACCCAGACGACCUCAAGACAGAGCACGAACUGAACAUUCCCGAACUCUUCCCGGCUGGAGGACCCGCCAAAAGCGAUGCACACAUCUACUCUCGUCUCACAGCGCCCAACGCCAGCAGGCUGGAAUUGCUACUCAGCGAGAUCAUCGGCGGACCGGUCUUGACAUACUCCAGCGGCUUGAGCGCCUUCCACGCGCUUUUGACAUGGCUUCACCCCAAAGUUGUAGCGAUUGGCAAAGGAUACCACGGGUGCCACGGCGUACUGAAGGUUUAUCAAAAACUUACAGGCUGCAAAAUCGUGCAUCUGUUCGAUGAGAAGAGCUGGGAUGAAGCAGGAAUGGGAGAGGGAGAUGUAGUACACCUCGAAACACCAGUGAAUCCCAAUGGCAUUGCAUACAACGUUGAAGAGUUCGCAGCAAAAGCCCAUAGGCGUGGCGCACGUCUCACAAUCGAUGCAACAUUCGCACCACCUCCACUACUCGAUCCAUGGAAAUGGGGCGCAGAUUUCAUCAUGCACAGCGGAACAAAAUACAUUGGUGGACACAGCGACAUGCUCUGCGGUGUGAUCGCUACAGGUAAGCAUAGACAAGGCUGGGAGAAAGACUACUGGGGCAUGUUCGAGGAGAGGAUAUACCUGGGUUCCAUGAUGGGCAGUAUGGAAGGCUGGCUAGGCGUACGGAGCUUGCGGACUUUCGAGCUUCGAGUAAAGCGCCAAAGCGAGAACGCCACGAGGCUCGUAUCGUUCCUUCAGGCAUGCCUCGAUGGCGAUGCUUCAGCUUCCGACCUCGAAGACGUCGACGGCGCCGAAUCCGUCCGAAAAGUGUUGGCACACAUCGACCACGCCAGUUUGCAGAAGGAGGACAUGAGUUGGUUGAAGAAGCAGAUGCCGAAUGGGUAUGGACCUGUCUUUGCCAUCACUACAAAGACGGCGGCGUCGGCGAAGAGGUUACCCAGUAAGCUGAAUCUCUUCCACCACGCGACGAGCUUGGGAGGCGUAGAGAGUUUGAUUGAGUGGAGGAGUAUGAGUGAUCCGAGCGUGGAGCCUACGUUGUUGAGGGUCAGCGUGGGUGUGGAGGACUUUGAGGAUUUGAAGGCGGAUUUGGUGCAGGGGUUUAAGGCGUUGGCGAAGGAGGGGAGUGUGUAG